AUUGGUAUAGGAGGAAGUUAGCAUUGGGAAAGAUGGAACACAAGAGAGAAUUUCUCUUUUGGAGACCCAUGGCUCCUUUGGAGAAGUUUCUAUUCUUUGCAACAUCCCUCAACCAUAUACUGUUCGUGUUUGUGAACUGUGCAGACUCCUUCGGAUUGAUAAACAAUCCUUCUCUAAUAUUCUUGACAUCUAUUUUCACGAUGGAAGAAGAAUCUUGACUAACUUACUAGAGGUAAUCUAACUUAAAUGACCCCCAAUGUUGCCUUUAGCCUCUCUUUUCUUUGCAUAUGUGUUUUUAUAUAUACAUGCGCGCGCAUGUGCAUGCAUGCACAAGCAAAAGACUCUAAGAUAGGAUUAAAGCAACUGGAAUCAGAUAUCACGUUUCAUAUAGGGAAGCAGGAGGGUGAACUUGCACUGAAAGUUAAUAGUGCUGCUUAUCAUGGUGAUCUGCAUCAGCUUAAAACUCUUAUUCGAGCUGGAGCUGAUUCCAACAAGAGAGAUUAUGAUGGAAGAUCACCUUUGCAUCUUGCUGCAUCCAGAGGGUAUGAAGCUAUUGCUCUAUAUCUUAUACAAGAAGGUGUUGAUCUCAAUGCUCAAGAUAACUUUGGAAAUACACCCCUACUUGAAGCCAUCAAGAGCGGGCAUGAUCGGGUUGCUUCAUUACUUGUUAAAGAGGGGGCCAUGUUGAAGAUUGACCAUGUCGGCAGUUUCUUGUGUAACGUUGUUGCAAGAGGUGACUCUGAUCUGCUGCGAAGAUUAUUAUCUAGUGGUGUCAAUUCAAACUCAAAAGACUAUAAUCACCAGACACCACUUCACGUAUCUGCUUCUCAAGGCUCAUUUGCAAUGGCAAAGCUGCUUUUAGAAGCUGGUGCUUCUGUUCUCUUAAAGGACAGAUGGGGAAACACUGCAGUUGAUGAAGCUAUAGAAACUGGGAACAAACAGCUCAUUGAACUUCUGGAAGAAGCAAAAUCUGCUGAACUGUCCAAAUUCCCCGGAUGCUUGGAAGAUAUUAAAGGGAAAAUGACCCGCAAGAAGUGCACCGUGUUUCCAUUUCACACACAAGAUGGCAGAAAGCACGGUGUUGUUUUGUUGGUUCCUCAGGGUGUGGAAGAGCUAGUUGAAACUGCUUCACAACAACUCGGCUGCCCUUCGGGUUCUUUCUUGCUAACAGAAGAGGGAGGUAAAAUUAUUGAUGUAGAAACGAUAAAUGAUGGUCAAAAGUUGUAUUUGAUGGGUGAAGUAACACAUUGAAAAUCUCACUUGCUCCCUCACUUGAAGAUGUUUUAAUGUAUAUGUUCCAUGUUCUAGAGGCCAUGAUAUAUGGUUUCUUUUGUUCUGUUGAUCAAACUUAUUUUGUGCAUAUACAAUUUAGUCAAUUAACAAUGUGUGUCUCAGUUUAUAUUUGUGUGUUCCAUAAGUGCUAAAAAGGGGAUUUAGUGGAAAAUCAUACUCCCCAUGUCUCAAAAUAAAAGCCUAAAUCACCAUUCACAAGGCUUAAAAUAGUCAUGUCAUCAAUUAUUUUAUAAAUCUUUUGAGGUAUU